AUGGGAUGUAUAGUCAGCUCUCCUGACGACUUUGACAAUGAUCCAUUCAGUCAAGAUAGACUUCUUAAUGAUGCCAUUGAUAAGGAAUUGGCGAAGUCUAAGCUUCGAGACAGAAACCAAAUCAAACUUCUUCUUUUAGGUGCAGGCGAAUCAGGUAAGUCCACUGUACUUAAGCAACUUAAACUUCUUCAUACUUCCGGGUUCACAGAUGGAGAAAAGAAACAGUAUACUCAAGUGAUUUGGGUAGAUGCCAUUCAAUCCAUGAAGAUUCUACUCCAACAAGCUAGAAAGUUACAUAUCCCCCUUGAUUGUGAUGAUGUACUGUCCCCCUUGGCUAUUCAUCGAGAUAUCUUACUUGUGACAGAUCCCUUUGGACAAAUGGAUACUAGCGUUGUUGGAGGGAAUGAUUUUCUUAACGAAUAUGUUAUUAGAUAUUCUAAAAACUAUCGUAGUGAACGAAGGUUGAAGUCAACGGGUAUGGCCAGUGGGUUUGUGGAGGAACAACCACAAUCUUUACCUCCACCCAAAUAUUCUUCUUCAAGAUCUGGAGGUCUUUUAACUCCAACUUGUGAAGAAGCCAAAUCUCGGCUUUUCAAAGCUUUAGAAGCCGAUGAGAUUUCAAAUGCCGAAAUUGAUGAUGAUGAUGAUGAUGAUGAUGAUGAUAUGCACAAAUACGAGCAAAAAACUCAUUAUACGAGAAAUGAUAUAAGUGAGGCAAUUACGAAUUUAUGGAAAUACGAUACAGGGAUCAAGAAAUGCUUUGAAAGAGCCAAUGAAUUUCAAUUGGAAACAAAUGCAAGUUAUUACUUUGAUAACAUAGAACGAUUUGCAAACCCGAAUUAUCAAUGCACUGAUCAAGAUAUUCUUCAUGGACGAAUUAAAACUACCGGGAUUACAGAAACUAAUCUUAGUGUUAAAAAUUAUAAUAUUAAAGUAUUAGAUGCUGGUGGUCAACGUUCCGAGAGAAAGAAAUGGAUUCAUUGCUUUGAAGAUAUUACAGCGGUGGUAUUUGUGCUUGCCAUAAGUGAAUAUGAUCAAGUUCUUUUUGAAGAUGAAUUGGUUAACAGAAUGCAUGAAGCCAUUGUUCUUUUUGAUUCACUCUGUAACUCACGAUGGUUUGCUAAUACGCCAUUUGUACUCUUUUUAAAUAAGAUUGAUUUAUUUGAAAAGAAAUUGGCUAAAUCAAAUUUGAAAGAUUAUUUCCCGGAGUAUACCGGAACCGCGAAUGAUGUUGAUACUGCUGCUACGUUUUUUGAACAAGGGUUUCUACGUUUGAAUAGAACUAAGAAACCAAUCUAUGUUCAUAGAACUUGUGCGACUGAUACUCAAUCAAUGAAGUUCAUCUUGAGCGCAGUCACAGACAUUAUCAUCACCCAGAACUUAGAAAAGAAUGGCUUACUUUAA